AUGACGGCCCCGCCACGCCCUCCGCCGCCUUCGUUUUCCUCCUUCCGCGCGCCGCCUGCGCCAUCCUUCUCGUCAUAUCGAUCCGGCAGCGGCUCAGCCGACAAAGGAAAGCAAAGAGCGGCGGUUGAUGCCGAGGACUCGACCGCCCCUGACAGCACCCGUCGGCGGCGGGAGCGGCCCCGACACCUCGACGACACAGCAUCCAGCCGCGACGUCCGAAGCAGCCAUCACCGCCCAUCCAAAGCUGCGGACCGGUCUGAAGCCGAUGAGGCGUCGACGAGCCGGGACGAGCGCAGAGAGAGGGGACACCAUCACCGCAGCGAAAAGGAAAGGGAUCGGGAACGGGAUCGGCAUCGACCCGAGAAGAGGCGCCGCCACGACGACGACGACGACGACGACGACGGCGGCGGCGGGCAUGCGCGCGACAGCAGGCGCAGCAGCCGCCAUCAUCCGCACGAAGAUGGCAGCCGACGGUAUCGUCGCAGUGGUGAUGCGCACGUCGACGAGAAACGGCCGCGGCGCAGCAGAUCGCCCCGCUCCCCGGGUCCUCACACCUCGAGACGCUCCCCCGAACCAUCCGCGGCCUCGCAACUCAGUCCAUCGAUCCGCGUCGACCCUCGACUCGACAAGGACCUGUUCGUCACCGACACAUGGGGCGACCAACGGGCCAUCCAGUAUGGGCCAGACUCGUCCAAAUUCCCUUUCUUCGAUCGUGGGGGUGACGGAUACGUGGUCGGCCUGGACGGCUCGCUGCGCAUCACGCGGCAAUCAAUUCGGCUCACGAGAGGCGAGGCCCUCGAGAUCAAGGACAAGUCGCAGAGCUACUCUAGGCGCUCGCGCGACUCCGACAAAGCAGACUGGAAACGACUUCGUCAGCCUGGACGACGGCUAAUUGCACCGACAUCGACCGCGGGCCCGAGCUCAGAAGACUUCAUCUCCGUCUCUCGAAGGCGCCGCCAGACUGAAGCAGAGGGUUUCAGCGUGCUGGACAACAUCCUCACAAAGAUGGCCGACGAGCACGGCGGCGAGCAGGGCAGUGCCGGCUCCGCAUCCGACGAGGCCAGCGACAGCGACGCAGGCGAGGCUGGCGAAGGCGCCCAGGUCUCGCUCAAAGCACGAGCUCGUGAGCUGCAUCAGCGUCUCCAUUCCGUCCCGACCGAUGCCCCUGCCUGGCUCGACCUUGCCGACUUCCAGGACCGCCUGGGCGACAUCGGUGCGGCAGACGACACCGCCCUUGAACCAAAGUCACGCAGGGCCAGGCUCGCAGAUCGAGAAUCUUCGCGAGCGUCCCGCAGGCAGGCUGUCCUGGACGUCAAGUUCUCGAUCCUCGACAAGGCGAUCUCGGCCCAUCCCGACAACCGCAGGUCCCUUGCCCUCGUCCUAGGCCGCCUGCAACUCGCUGCGGAUACCGGCAGGUGGGACACGGAGCGGAUCGAGAGAGAAUGGAGGCGGCUGCUCAAGGACGUCGAGUUCAUGGCGAACGUCGACACGGCCAUCAUCCUCUGGCAGGGCUACCUCGCUUGGCGACGCAGCGACUGGUCCUCCUUUGAGCUCGGCAAGAUCAGCGAUCUGCACGCUGAAGCUGUCGCCCACUUCGCCUCGAUGGCCGAGUCGCAGGUCACCGCCGCUCCGUUCAAGCUUGACGAGGCACGGCUGGCGUUGCUGCGGGGCUACCUCGGCGUCCUCGAGGCAGCCGGCAUGACUGAGCGAGCUAUCGCCACCGUCCAGGCGCUGCUCGAGGUCAACCUCUGCGCAUCGCCGCCAGGUGUGUCUGCAGACUCGGCAUCUUCGACGCCGAGACCGUCCUUCGAAGAGGAUCUGCAGGACUUUGAGGAGUUUUGGAACAGCAGCGAGCCUCGCCUGAUGGAGAAGGGCGCGCGCGGCUGGGCUCAAAGUCGAAAGGAUGGUCGAGAGGAUGCUAGCCCAACUUCCGGGCCAACUGCAGCUUCCCACACCUCGAAAGAGCUGCCCGACUCUCCGCACCAGCAUCCCGUCGAUCGAUGGCUGCAGGCCGAAGGGCGACGAAGAGGCCUUCGUCGGUUCCCUGCCAAGCUGACCGACCGGCCGGAGUGGCAGGUCGAGGGCGACGAGAUCGACGCCUUCUCGACGGUCCUGUUCUCGGACCUGCGGCCGUUCCUCUUUCGCAUCCAGAGUCGAGGCGGCAUGCUUGGCCUCCUGGACCUCGCCCUCGCCUUUCUCGGACUUCCAUCCGGCCUGAUGUCGGGCCUGACUGACAGCAUCGAGGGCUGUACCGACGGCGUUGGGACCGGCUGUCGCGCCCCGGGCGAGCCGCGCAGAACCGAGACGUCCGACAUUGGGCCCGACUUUUGGCCUGCGUCGCUGAACGCGGACGCCUCUUCAUCCCCUGCGGAGCCCUUCACCUACAUCGACGGCCAGAUGAUGGAGAGGGAACGCAGGAGCAACCUGUCGAGCCCUUCGGCAAGCCCGGUGCUCUGCGGUCCGGCCACGGUCGAGAGCCUCUUUCCAGGGACCGACGACUCCGGACCCCCGCUGGCCAGACGGCUAAGAUCGGCAGACCCGUCGACGCUUCGGCUGGCUGGACGGCUGCUCGACCAGCUUGCUCCGUAUGGCCAAGCAUUCGCCGCCGCACCAGUCCUGCAGCUUGCUGUCGAGGCGGCGCUCAACCUCAAAGCAGCCACGAAGCUCGCCCGGAAGCUGCUGUCGAAGGACCGCGACAAUCACGUCCUCUGGCACGCGUACGCCCAGCUCGAGCUCAGCGCCGGCCGGACCGCCCCGGCUCGGACCGUCUACGUCACGGCUCUGGAAAGCUCCACCACCAGGUUUGCAGAAGACGGCCGUCCGCUGGCGUACCUGCCUCAGAUGUGGUCCUCGUUGGCGGAGCAACUGUGGCGGAGCGGCGAGACUGUGGGGGCUGCCGCGGUCAUCGUCUCGGCAGCCAAGUGCGGGUUUUCUGCGCUGCACCCGUCGUCGGUCGAUCUUAGGCGCGACCUGGACUCCGCAGCACCUCCAUCCGGUCUCGAGGCCCUGCGGACGAGGAAGGCGCUGCAGUCGCUCAUAUCGGCAUCCCUGCGAGCCGAGGAGGUGUCAGCCGUCCCGCAGCACCUCGUCCAUCUCUUGGUCUUUUGCCUUGCACUCUUCGACUACCUGAUUCUGCCGCCCGGCGAGGCCUUUCCCGCGGCUAUGGCCGUUUUCGACGACCCGGUGCAAGAAGCGGUCCUCCAACCUGUCGCCGAGAGGCUGGCGAUGAAGCGUGCCGAGUUCAUGCGAUGGCACGUCGCCACGGGACAGGCCUACAGGCCUGCCGAGGUGCGAAGGGCGUUCGACAGCGCAGUCGCCGUGUGCCCUGCGAACACACUCCUGUGGAGCCACCUCGCGGCGCACGAGAUGCGCAGCAAGAUCGACAACCACCUCCGGCUCGCGCUCGAAUCGCACCUCUCGAAGCAGGAGAGACUGACGACGGCGAGGGCGCUCGCAGGGGGUGCAAUCGGGCGGUCUGCAGCCAUCUCGGCACCUCUGACGCCAUGGCUGUUUGCUCUGUACGUCGAGCUCAACCUCUACUCUGACCGCUUCAACGAGAGCGCCGCCCGCCGACUCAUGGAGCGCGCGCUCGACUCGCCGGCCGCACAGGCGUCUACGACUCUGUGGUCGAUCUGCCUCGAGUUUGAGACUAGGCUGCUCGGCAGCAAGGCGGGUGACCGGAGAGGGCUUAAGGAGCAGCAGGCCCGCGCGAAAGGGCUGCUCUACCGCGCCAUCAAGGCCUGCCCGGGCAGCAAGUCGAUCUACCUCUUUGCCUUCCGCCGGCCCCUGCGCGACGCCAUGACGAUCGACGAGAUCGCAUCGCUGUACGAGGUCAUGUGCGAAAAGGAGAUCCGGCUGUUUGUCGACCUCGAUGACUUCCUCGUCGAAUGGCACCGCAGCCUGCCCGCUGCCCCCGGCGGCGACAAGAACAAUGAGAACGAUGGCUCGGACGACGACGCCGGCGGCGAAAGCGACGACGGCUACGACGAUCCCUUCGACCCGAACAAGCCGUACAGGAAGCGGGACGACAAGUACGAGCAGAUCGGUGGCGGUGGCGGUGGCGGUGGUGGCCCGGGCGUGCAGCGUAUCCCGACCGGCCUGCACAGCCUGCCCGUCGAGCUGCUGUACAGCAUCUUUGUGCUGGCACGGUCGCCGUCGUUGGCAGUGGCCAGCCGCGGGCUGCGGGACGUCUUCCAUCGAGCCCCCCUGGGCGUCAGGGUCGAGUACCUGCUAGAGAUGUGGCACGACGACCACCUGAAGAACCUCGCCACCUGGCGCGACACGCGUUUCCGCGCCUGCUCGUGCGGCUACCGCCGGGCCGCGGGCGAGGUGCACUCGGCGCCGCCGCCGGGCUUCUGGAAGCGCGCCUCGAUCCUGACGCCGGGCACGCUGGCGCUGUGCUGCGCCUCGCACUUGCCGUCUGCGGCCAACGUCGAUCCGGUCUCGUACGCUGCCCGCUUCGGCAUCUGCACGGCCGACGUCGUGAUCCGCCUCGAGCUGAGGCUGCUGCAGAUCGAGAGCGUCCACGCCGUGCUCGAGGAUCAUCGCCGGCGCCUCGACCGCCGCGCGUCGUCCUCGGUCCCUGCGCUGUCGGAUCUGGCCGGCGACAAGCAGGCGCCGGUGCUCACGCACGUCGAGCUGCCGAAACGCAUCUUCCGCGCGUUGAAGCAGGUCCAGCUCGGCGUCUACACGCCUCCGGCGGCGGCCUCGGGAUCUCUGCCGGGCGCUUCGGGCAAGUCGAGGGGCAAGAAGCGUCGUCGCAACGAGGAGCCUGCCCCUCCGUCCCUGACCGCCAGCGCAGAGGCGGUGGACGCGGCGUCGGGCUACCCCUCGUCGCUGCUGUCGCUGCUCCCUCCCUUUCUCGCGUCGUCGAGCGACGCCAUCGGACCGCUCCCGCACGCCGCGGCCAUGGAGCUGGUGCUGCUGCUCCUCUCGCGCUACGGCGGCGACGCCAACUCGCAUUCUGGCUUCCCGCUCGCCAUGUCGGUGCACUCGGACAGCUGGACGCUGGUCCACAUCCUCCUUGCCCAUGGUGCCGACCCGUCGAAAAAGGAAGGUCUGGCCAUCCAGAUUGCCGUGCGCAAGGGCGCGCUACUCGGUCUGAGGACGUUGGUCGAACGGCAGGAGAAGAUGGAAAAGCGGUGGGCCAAGGCUAGGGCGUUUCUCGAUCGGCUCGUCGAUGAGAGCGUGGCGAGGUGGUGGCGCAUCAAGAUGCCGUCGUACCGCGCUCCGGUCGGGCGGACGGGGGAAAAGGAAGAGGACGGUGCGAGGCCAGAAGGCACCACCACCACGCCGCCCUCGUCGUCAGGGUCGUCCAAGAAGAGGAGGUUGCCCGACCGGUUCGUACCCGACAGCCGACACCUGCGCGAGGCCAUCAAGGCCGACUGCUGGGACGUGGUCCACUACCUCAUGCACGAAAAGCACGUCGUGCCCGACAUCAAGGCGCUGCAGCUCAUGGAGCGCAAGGGCAUGUAA